AGCCCCAUCCCUGCUGUCCCACAGCUGCGAGGAGCCGCAGGAUCAGGCUGGAGAGGAGCAGCACCAGGUCCCCAUCCCAUAGCCGGUAUUUUCGACAGCUAAGAGCUCAGGAAGAGAUUGGCCGAAAUUAAGCCGAAAUUAAGGGUGCCGUGACACUGCUGUGGCCCGGAGCUGUCAGAGCUGCCCCAGAUAAGCGCAGCCGGGAGCACAGCGGGAUGCCGGUGCUCGGCGCGGUGCCGUUCCUGAAGCCCACCCCCCUGCAGGGCCCCCGCAACUCUCCCGGGCGUCAGCGCCGGCACACACUGCCCGCCAGCGAGUUCCGCUGCCUCAGCCCCGAGGAUGCCGUCAGCGUGUUCGAGAUCGAGAGGGAAGCCUUCAUCUCCGUCUCCGGUGACUGCCCGCUGCACCUGGAUGAGAUCCGCCACUUCCUAACGCUGUGCCCGGAGCUUUCCCUCGGCUGGUUCGAGGAAGGCCGCCUGGUGGCCUUCAUCAUCGGCUCCCUGUGGGACCAGGACAGGCUCAGCCAGGCGGCGCUGACCCUACACAACCCGCGGGGCACAGCGGUGCACAUCCACGUGCUGGCCGUGCACCGCACCUUCCGGCAGCAGGGCAAGGGCUCCAUCCUGAUGUGGCGGUACCUGCAGUACCUGCGCUGCCUGCCCUGCGCCCGGCGCGCCGUGCUCAUGUGCGAGGAUUUCCUCGUGCCCUUCUACGAGAAGUGUGGUUUCGUGGCCGUGGGUCCCUGCCAGGUGACCGUGGGCACGUUGGCCUUCACCGAGAUGCAGCACGAGGUGCGGGGCCAUGCCUUCAUGCGCAGGAACAGCGGCUGCUGAGCCCCGCAGCCCACCUACGCGCUGCUUGGAGGGAGGUGGGGGGCGGGGGGGAGUGAAUACUGUGAGCCCUCUCCAUCCCCACCGUGGCUGCACGUCUUUCCCUGCUGGCCCCAGCCACAGCUCCCUGCCCGCUCAUCUGCCUCUUGGCCGAGGGGUCAGCCCGGCCCCAGCUCAUCCCUGUGCCUCACUCGCCCAGGGCUGCUAGCAGGAAACACCCAGCCUGCACCCCCACCCUCCUAUAGCCGGGGCUGUGAAGGGGAGCCCGGGAGGGCCGUGCCUCCAGGGGAUCUGUUAGGGAUGGAAAGGCCAAGAGCCUCAGCAGAGCCCGAAAACCUGGAGCCCCCAGCCCAGGGCCCCCUCCCCAGCGCAGCCCAACACCGUGCACGAAGCCAAGCCCUGCUCUGAGCAGCCCCUGCAGCCACCCCCCGCCCACAGGCACCUUUACAGCACGAGACCCCCACCUGUGGCCACCCCAAAUCGCACGGCCAGAAUCCUCCCUGCAGGGCCAGCCCUGCACGCAGACAUCACCUGCCCAGGAAGAGCCCUCUGCAAAUGCCUUGGUUUGUCGUGAAGCAGCAAAUAAAGAUGCAGUGGUUGUUUUCUACA